UGUCGUGUGUCGCUUUUAAAUAUCGCCUUCCAUAAUCGCAUAUCAAAAAUAAAAGUUGCAACGCCAAAUAGUAAGCAGAAAAUAUGAAGGUAGCCUUAUGUGUCAUCGCAUCCUUCGUUUGUUUAUUCGGUGCAUCGAAGUCGCUCGAAGUUGAUGGCGUAUUGGAUGCUGAAGGUUUUCCAUUAUGCGUUUGUCCGAGACACUACGCUCCGGUAUGUGCAUCUAAUGGCCAAACAUACUCAAACUAUUGUUCAUUCGAAUGCGACGCCAAAAAAAUAACUUCAAGAGGACAGGUUGGAAUCAGAGUUCUCAGCAAUGGAAGGUGCGACGAUCAGAACGAAAUAUCCAAGCUCUCCGAAAGCGUGAGGCAGCGCGGACUAAACGACAAUCCUCCGAUUUUGGAAGUUCCGAUCGAACCUGUUUUCUACUGAGAAUUAACCCUUCAAAAAAACCGAAUCGACUCAUGGAAAAAUGAUCGACUUUAGGAAACAUUCGAGAGAUAUUGACUAAUUAAUUACUUGUAAAUAUACAAGACAUCAUCAAA